AAACAUACAGAAAACUUUGAAGACAAGUACAUGUAAUAUUGCAGUACUGUCGACCUGGUAUAAGGACAUUAACCUUUUCUAUACAAUAGGGAUUACAUAAACUUAUUAUAAAAUGGCUCACAACGUGCCUCUGCUAUUCCUAAUUCUCAUUAAUGCAAUAGUUUAUGGAGUGGCAACAAUAUUCAACGCCUUCGCAGGGAGUACUGGGGUCAAACUUGGAAUCUUCAAGAGCGAGACGGGAAACAUUUCUGAUAAGUACUACGUGGAAAUUACUCCGGCAGGGUGGAUGUUCAGUAUCUGGGGUGUAAUAUAUGUAUGGGAGGCGGUGUGGAUUGUCUACACCAUUGUCAAUCUGUUCCGGAAAACAGAAAAUGGCCCCCUCUACUGCAAUCCAACUCUUCUACCUUGGUCAUUUUUCUUCUUUUUCAUCAUCAAUAUGAGUCUGAACUUAGCCUGGAUAUUUUUGUUCGACAGAGAACAAAUGAUUAUUGCAUUUCCGGUCUUGUUUUUUAUUGCAUUCACUUUGUACGUGUGUAUGUUCAUAUCUUAUCGGCACCUUGAUAAAAACAUUGACUUUCUGAGGAAAGACGGCAGAAAAGUGGACAUUUGGUGUAUCCGCAUCAUGGUCCAGAAUGGACUCGGGGUCUAUGCCACCUGGACCACCAUUGCUACCCUCAUUAACAUGGCGAUAGUGAUGAUCUAUAAAGGAAACCCCCGCGUGGCCAAUGAUGACGCAAGCACUGUUGCUCUUUCCAUCCUGGCGGUUGAACUAUUGGGAUACACAUUCGUAGACAUUGUCUUUCUAGAUCGGUACACUAGGUACACCGUAACACCUUGGUUUGUGGUCCCAAUUGCACUUGGUGCCAGUUUAGCCAAAAACUACAAAGCUGGUUCCAGAAAUUCCAUUUUGACGAUUGUCAUGAUUUCUCUGUCUGUGGUGUGUCUUGUCGCAAAAAUGUUCACCUUGCUUUGGCGCGAACUCAGAAGUACCACAAAAUCGGGGUUAAUAACAGAAUCAUAUGACGACUUGAAGAAAAAGAAAUCAAAUGUUGUAUAAACUGAUAUUUUGCAGAUGCUAAAGGAUUGGUAUUUCCAACGGAAAACGAAGUGAAUCAUUGCAAUCGUUUUUUGUGGUAUAAUUUAGUAUACAUGCUAUUUAGCUCACUUUUAGUCACUGUUUGUCCUUCCAUUUUUAAAAUUUACGCAAACAUCCAUCCAAUAAUUUGAACGCUUGUAUUUAGCAAAUUUUUAAUGAUGAAUCUCUGUCAUGGCAGAAGGAGAUUUUUGAUGGUAGUUGUAAUCCACAUGCGAGGAUGUGCAUAAUGUUUUUAUUUACAUGUACAUAUUUUUAUAUACGUGUAUGUUAGCAUAUUUUGGAAGAAUAAAAUGUUUUUGGAAAAUGAUAUAGAUUGUUCAUGAUACCGGUUAAAAAAGAAAAAAUUGUGAGGGUGUGUGUGUGUUUAAUAAAUUGUUCUAUUUUCCAUGGAUAUAUGCCGCACUGCUGCAUUUUGACACAUUCUGUAGUCAAGGUGAACUUAAGGCAUUUAUUGAUGUUUGAAGAAACCUGCAUACAUGUAUUUAUAUUUACUUAUAUGAAUAAUAAAGAACCAAAUUUAAAAUGUCCAAGAA